CUAAACACACACUCAAGUUACAAGAUGUCCAGAUGGUAAAAACAUUUCUUGAAAAUUAUAGUAGCCAAAAUGGAAUGCCACUACCUGGACGAACACCACAGGCCAAUGAAAAGUGUAUCCUCCUUCCAUCAGACAAAAACAAAAGUGAUAUAUAUGAAUUGUAUUGUGGUGCACUUGACCGAACUGGCCAGAAACAAGUGGGGCCUUCCACUUUUAGGAAAAUAUGGUUAGAACAGUGUCCAUAUUUGUUGGUGAUGAAGCCUGCCACUGAUCUGUGUUUAAAAUGUCAAAAACAUGUAGAAAACAUUACAAAGUCUGGUAACAUCACAGAAGAAGAGAAACAAAUUAAAUUAGAAAAUUAUCAAAAACAUUUAGAGAAAGUAAAAUGCCAGAGAGAUCAUUACAGGGAGCAAUGUGAGAGGACAAAGCUUGAGUUUGAUCAAUUUUCAGAUGCAAAUAAAAAAAGAGGACAAAGAUCAAAAGCCACAGAUGCCACGGUCCACUACAGCUUCGACUACAGCCAACAGGUGUUCUAUCCUCAACAGGCACAGGCAGUGGGUCCGAUGUACUUUAAAACUCCUCGAAAAUGUCAAUGCUUUGGGGUGUGCUGUGAGUCUUCAGUCCGUUGGAAAAGGGGCCAAUAGUGUGACCUCAAUGCUGCACCACCACUUUAGCCAUCUUGGUUAUGGAGAGAGGAAUGUGGUCCUUCAUAUGGACAACUGUUCGGGGCAAAACAAGAAUAACGCGGUCAUAGGGUACGGCAUGUGGCUGGUUCUUACAGGCCUGCACGACUCUAUUGAGUUCAGCACCAUGGAGGCCGGUCAUACCAAAUUUAGCCCAGACUGGCACUUUGGAUUGUGGAAGGUGCGUUGGAGGAACACCACUGUCAACACCUUGGAAGAUGUUGUGGAGACAGUCAGGCUAUCAUCCCGCAAUGGGCACAACAUUCCCCACCUUGUACAAGAUCCGGAGAAUCCUGUCCAGUUUUACAACUGGACAGAAUUCUUGAAACCAGUAUUCAAGCCAAUACCAAAUCUGCUGUCAUACCACCACUUCAGAAUGACCUCUGACAAGCCAGGCAUAGUGUAUGUGAGGCGAUAUGCUUCGGAUGCUGAGGAGGCUGUGAAGAUCCUGAAGAAAGAUUCUUUCGUUCUGAAUGGAAUGCCCCCCCAACUGGAGCCACUUGGCUUGUCUGCAGAACGCCAGUGGUACCUUCAUGACGAAAUCGCGCCACUCUAUAACUCAUUAUGUGCCAGUACCUGUCCACGGCCAGAUGUACCGAAGCCGACGAAAUAACAAUGAUUUUAAAAUAGUUCCCCUGUUUUAGAUUGUUCAUGUUGUUUAUGUAUAUAAUGUAUGGUAACCAUGGAAACCUGACCAUACCUCAUUGUCAACUUCAACAGCAUUAGUAUGUUUUUGUAAAACUCUUACAAUGACUCAAUACCAGGUGAAAUGAAAUAUAAUGCAGUGUGACAAGUAAUAUAAUUGAAUUUAAAAUUUAAUAGUUGUGUAUAUAAACUGAAAACAUUAAUUUAAUGUAAAUAUUUAUGUUAAGUCUCUUAGCCUUGGCUCUAUUUUUCAUGCAGUAUGUAAUAUAGUAUAAAUGUAACAGUAAGAAAUUGUUGAUUGCAUUUGAUAACUAAAGAGUGUAGUAUUAUUGCUAUGUUUAAUGUAGAAGAUGGUAAUUAUAACUGAUAUUCAUAUUGUAUACUGUUGCCAUAGUUACAACAAAAU